GUUUACUUACAGGUGGAUGAUCUGCGUUUGAGGACAGAACCAUCGAGAGGAAGAGAGACAUGGCAAGCCAAGCUGCAGCUACCAAUUUUAAUUGCAAUUUGAAGAAAGCACUUGCUGGCCUGAGACGCAUAAAUCUAGAAGGUCUGAGGUGGAAAGUAUUUGAUGCUAAAGGCCAGGUUCUUGGAAGAUUAGCGUCUCAAAUAUCAACCGUAGUUCAAGGCAAGGAUAAACCAACAUACGCACCAAAUCGUGAUGACGGGGAUAUGUGCAUUGUUAUUAAUGCCAAGGAUAUAUGCGUUACGGGGAGAAAACUCACUGAUAAAUUUUACCGUUGGCAUACUGGGUAUGUUGGCCAUCUCAAAGAAAGAAGCUUAAAAGACCAGUUGGCCAGAGACCCUACAGAAGUCAUUCGGAAAGCUGUGCUACGCAUGCUUCCGAGGAACAAAUUGCGUGAUGAUAGAGAUAGAAAGCUGAGGAUAUUCACCGGAAGUGAGCAUCCCUUUGGUGACAGACCCCUUGAGCCAUAUGUGAUGCCUCCUAGGACGGUAAGAGAAAUGCGUCCCCGUGCCAGACGAGCCAUGAUACGGGCUCAGAAGAAGGCGGAACAGCAACAACAAAAAGAUAGCGACACAAGCAAAGGCAGCAAGAAGAAUAAAGCCGAAGUGAGCGCUUGAAGAGACAUUGAAGCUUGCUAUGUGACAAUAUGAAUGAAUGUGCGGAUCUGCAAUGAUAUUUAAAAAAGACAGUUUGGAAAGCACAGUAUUCAAAGUUCUUCACCAAAUAUUUUCUAUAAUUUCCUUUUUAAGAAGUCAAUUUUGUUUUGGCGAGGAAAACGAGUAGUCAUCUGGCAGUUGCUUGGAAACUCCACACAAAAGAUGUCAGAUCAUGUGUAGGAGAGCAAUGGUUACUUUCCUUUGUUGGAUAUGUAUUUUGAUCUGUAGGGGUCAAUGAAAACGAGAAUUGCUAAGUGGAAGAGCUUUCUUGCUCAUGAUGAAUUGAACUGCUGCCCCUUGGUUGUUGGAGGUAGUUUAUUUGUUUAAAUAACGAUAACUUCAAUUUUGA